AUGGGUUCACAUUCAAAGCUCAAAGUAGGAGGAGAUGGUGAAGACAAGAUUAGUCAAUUACCAGAUGCAGUUCUGUCUCACAUGCUCUCCUUCUUGCCAACCAAACAUGCUGUGAGGACCAGCAUUCUCUCUACAAGGUGGAAGAACAUAUGGGCUUCUGUUCCCACUCUAGACUUGGAACACUACUACUGUGAUGAACGUAGGUCUCUUCAUGCGGGGUUUGUGUCAUCUAUUGAUCGUGUGCUUUACUGUGAAUCAUCAGACAUUCAAAGAUUUCGUCUCCAUUAUUACUGCCUUUCUGAGGAUUUAUCUCGUAUUGAUGGUUGGAUCCGCACCGCUAUUCGCCGUAAUGUUGUUGAACUUGACCUUUGUGUUUGGGUACGGGGGGACAAGGUAGAAAAGAUUGAGUUGCCUACAACUAUCUUUCUGUGCAAAACAUUGAAAUUGAAUCUGGAAUCAAAUUGUUUCAUCUAUGCUCCUCCUGAGUCGGGGUGUUUCCCCAAUCUCAAGGUCCUCCAUAUCGGAGUCGAUUGUCCUGAUAAGGAGUUUAUGGAAAAGCUUUUUACAUUCUUCCCUUUACUUGAAGACUUGUCUAUAGAUGGAAGAUUGUCAAGUGAUAUAAGUGGUACUUUCAAGCUUUUUGUGCCUGAACUAAAGAGGUUAAGAAUAGACAUUGACUCUGAUCUGACUUUUGAGGACCCUUAUGAGUACUACUUCUCUAUCAAUGCCCCAAAGCUUGAAUUCGUUAACCUCAAAAUGGAUUUUUUGCCGAGCAUUGUACUUGACAAUGCAAAGUCCCUGGUGAAAGCCGUUUUGAGUUUCUCUCACCAUGAUGCCAUUGAACACGAGCACUAUGAUGACCGUGCAACCACAUUGCUGGCAGCAAUUUCAAAUGUUCAACAUCUAUCUCUUUCAGUUCAUUCUUUGGAUGCUUCUUGUAUACCUGCUUUUGAUAAUCUGAUCCAUUUGAAGCUGGUUCUUCAUGACUGCCAUCACUGGGAAGUGCUGGCAGAGCUUCUCCAUAGAACACCUAAUCUAGAACGUCUUGUCUUGGAACAUAAUGGAGACGUGGACUGUGACUCAGAGCGCGAAUUCGACUCACACGAGGAAAGAUAUUUCGCAAACAAUCCAAACUCUGAGAAUGAAGAAACUUCAGAGGAUGAAGAAAACUACAAAGGAUACUUGGAGCAUCCUUGGUGGGAGUGUGAAAAGACUGCACCUGUUUGUUUGUUGUCACAUCUCAAGAUUAUCGUCUUAAGGGGUUUCGGGGGAAGCAAUGGUGAGAAGGAAGUGGCAAAGUAUUUAUUGAAGAAUGGUAAAGUUUUGAAGAAGAUGACGAUUUAUACGGGCCAUGCCGGUGAAAUUGAACGGAAACAUUUUGUGGCAUGUCAUCUGGUGGCAAAGAAGCGUGACUUGUACUUUCAUCGAGUUGUGCUCGACCUAGAAGAAGAUGUUCCAUAUGCAUGA